CGGAAGUUGUGUGUGGCGGAAGCGGAAGUGCGUCCGGCGGAAGUGGAAGCGACGUGUGCGGCAGAGCAGAGCGGGCCGUGUCGCGGAGAUGGAGGGGCUCUACCAUCAGACCAACAAACAAGUUCAUGAAGUCCAGUCAUACAUGGGACGUCUGGAGACUUCAGACAAAGAGUCCGUACACUUAGUAGAAAAUGAGAUUCAGGCAAGAAUAGACAAGGUAUUCAGCAACUUGGAACGUCUGGAAAUCCUGUCCAGCAAAGAACCUCCCAAUAAGCGACAGAGUGCUAAACUCCGAGUUGACCAGCUGAAGUACGAUGUUCAGCAUCUGCAGACAGCUCUGAGGAACUUCCAGCAUCGCCGUUACAUCCGGGAGCAGCAAGAACGACAGCGAGAAGAGUUACUAUCACGUACAUUCACUACUAAUGACUCUGACACCACCAUACCGAUCGACGAAACAUUACAGUUUAAUGAAUCCCUGCAGAAUGCCCAUCGUGGCAUGGAUGAUCUUAUUGGCAGUGGGACCAACAUCCUUCAGGGGCUGAGGGACCAGAGAGUGACAUUAAAGGGUACUCAAAAGAAGAUCCUGGAUGUUGCCAACACAUUGGGCUUAUCCAAUACAGUAAUGCGGCUCAUUGAGAAGCGAGCCUUUCAAGAUAAAUACUUCAUGAUUGGGGGAAUGAUUGUGACUUGUGUAAUUAUGUUUCUCGUCGUGCAGUAUCUGACGUGAGUUACUAAACUAUUGCCAGAGGAUAUCGUCUUUUGGAGCAAGAUGGACUGCCCUCCAAAAUGUACCUUCCUCUGAGUGCUGCUUUGGAUGAGCCCCUCCUGAGAACUUCAGUUUACAAAUCACACUCAGAUUCGUCAUGUGGAAAGCGCAUAAGGGAUCAAAUUUCUUUGGCGACAGUGUAGGCUAGAAUGACCCUAUAAAAAUAUCCAUGGCCAUUACCACUUUCACCUUAUUGUCUGUUAAGUUUAAGAAUUUGAUUAGGUAGGAAGCAGAAGUGAAAAUUUUGUCCAGAUGUUUUGCAAGGUAGGAAUUUUUUUUUUUUUUUGUUAGAUAGGGAGAAGAGGAUGCAAAGGCAGAGCAUGAGAGGAUGUGAGUCUUUCCUUUGCAAGCUAGGGUUUACCCCGGUGAGUGUCUUUUCUGUUGAAGGAAUUCUCUUCAGUGAGAGACUUCUGCGUUAUUUGUGGGCGCACUCCUGCAGUGUAAGAGUGCAAAAAGAGGCAGAAAGUGAAGGAUUCCCAUCUUUCUUUUGCUUAGAGGGGGGCAGGACUUGUAGGGAUUGGUUCUAACUCUAAAAGCAUGGUCAUAACUUUUGCUAACGUUUUUGUAUACCCAUACAGUUCUAACCAGCACAAACCUCCUUGGUUUAGGCUGAAAUGCUUCUCAUCUGAAGUAUGUUUCGGUAGCUUUUUAUGCCCUGCUGCUUCCUAGUGGAAGCUGAAUGCUGUACUCUCCCUGCUUCCUGACAGCUACAGGUCAUUGAGUGUCAUCUCAGUGUGCCCAGUACCAAAUCCAACCUCCAGAACUGCAACACUUGACAUUUUUUGUGCUAAUGCACAUCUUGUUUUGAAUUUAUUAUCUGAGAUACGUGAGGUUGUGUGAUCUGUAGCUGGUAUUUUUGAAUUUGGUGAAGCAGGUAAGUUUUUGCCGCGUUCAAACUGAGAUCUGUCAUUUUUGUGUUCAUAGAGCCAGAAGGGGUCUCUGCGUCUCUGCUGUGUGGUUUUUUUUUUUUUUUUUAAAUUCAGAAUAGCAGUAGGAUCAGGGCAACAAACCUCUCACUUAGAACUAAUUGUCAUCAGAAGAGUUUCCUGAACCUAUGUGCCUUUGGAUGGUAAGCAUUUCCUUUGUCUCCCUGGGAAGGAUUGUCUUUGCGUUAUUCUUUGUACCUGCAAAUUUACUGUGAAGGACAUUCUUAUAAAAUGUCAUCUCACAGAGAUGAUAGCCAACUUAGAUUUUAUAUUUCUUGGCUAUGUAGAUAUUUAUCCACAUUUAAACAGUGACAGUUACAAAAUGCUGCAUAGUUUAAGAACGAUACUCAUUUUCCUGCAGACUUUGGAGACUGCUGGAAUGAUCGUCCUGAGAUCUCAAACAGUGUUCCUUUUCAAACAGUUGUAAGACACAUUCUUUUUUUGAAUACAAGUCAGGAGCAUUUCCAGAUAUCUGUCAGAGGCACAGAAGUUUCAUGUUUGGAUGAUGUGGCAUUCUGCUGGGAAUUCCUCCAUCUUUUCUAUCUGGAAGGAUUGUAGGUCUUUUAAUUAAUAACACUUUACAAGUGUUGUAUUUGUUCCAAUAAGCUUUCAUAAUUAUGUAGCUUGUUGCAAACCUGAUUUUUUUAACAGUUAUUAAUACAGUUUCUUCAAUUUCAGCUAAUAAGGCCAAGUAAAACAGACUUCAGCUAUGCUUGUUUACAAUUGCUUAACUUAAGUAUUGACUGAUCUUUGUGCUGUGGCAUAUCUUUAAAGUCCAGACGAGACUAUCCAAUUUGAUCAACUAUCACUAGCCAAUCAACUUCAUAUUUGGACUCCAGGAAAAGCGAAAUGUCAGUGCAGACCCAACAGUGGAGGAGGCCAAGAUGCCAUCAGUGCCUAGACAAUCUCAUCAGAUGGUUCAACAGAAGAAAGCAGACAAGCUUAAAUGCUCGUUGAAUAUGCUGUGUGCUACACACCCUCUGGCUGGCUUUUUUCUGCUUCUCAGUGUGUUUGGAUGCUCAAGUGCUUCAUGCUCUUUGUGUUCUCAGUCUGCUACACUUCCUCAAGAAAACACAUUAGCAGACCACAUACAGAAUCAGUUUACGCCUAAGCCAGAAGGACUAAGGAAUUGAAAAGAGGAAGUCUGCAGUGAGAAAUCAUUUGUCUUACUGUACUUUAUAAAUUACCUUAAAUUUAUUUAAAUCUGAAAUUUGUUAUUUUUAGCACACUCAUUAGAUCAUUUGCUAUUACAUUAGGUGGGCACCUUGUAAAGAGUUCGCUUGUGAGUCUUUUGUUCCUGAUAAACAGGUCCAAUCUCACCUUUAUUUUACAACUUAACGGUUUAGUGUUUGUACAGUUGUGCCUUGGUGCAGCAGGAUUUGUCUUGUACCAAGCUGGGGACUCCAGUCAAUUUGUUUCCCCUUUCAGCUUGUAGGAGCCAUAAAAUAAAAUUAAUGGAACUAGACUUUUUUUUUUCUCUUUUGAGAUUAGAAUUUUGAUACGUGCUUCUCCAUUUAUUUUUCUGCUUUAGAAUCUCCUCAUGUAAGCUGAUUUCACUGCCAUAUGUAGUGUCUUUGCUAUUUACUGUUGAGAUGUUGGGCUUGAAGGAAUCCUUCAGUAAAUGGUUUUGAUGAUGUGUAACUUCAUACAAAUUUGUGCUAGAUGUUAACUGCAAAAUGACUUAGAAGAGCUUCUCUGCCAUCUCAGACGGUUAAUGUAAACCUUUCAAAACUUCUGUCAUUACAGUGUGCCACAGCAAAAGCAAAGGUAGGAUCAACAUCUCUGCUGGUGUGAAAUGACAGCUGAAACUGCUGGCUUUACCAGUGUUGCUGCUACAGGUGCUCUCUGUGAAGUCUCCUUUCUUACUAAAGACAUUUCUUUUGCUUCUGAACUUCUGUGGAACAGGUGUUCAGCAAUUGAAUGGACUGCUCUGCUGAGAGGACAUGAUGGGAGCUAACUUGGAAAAAUAUCCCUUUUAAUUGGUAUUUUAUACAUGAUGGGACAAGGGUGAGACAUGAUGCAAUUCAAAUUAAGGACAGUAGAGGAAGAGCUUGGAGGGCACAAUGUGUCUGUUGAUAGAGUGUAUUUAUAACGCGAGAUCAAACUGAUUAAGGAUUAAAUUAUCUUUUUCUUGCA